CAACCGGAAGUGAUGAUUCAGGCACACACGGUCAGCUACGUUGACGAUAUAAAAACCGGUGAUAUUUUAGUUUAUUUGUAAUAUAGUUUCAAAAUAAUAUAUAGGAUACUUCUGUUUAAUUACUAGAUCCAAACUGUUUAAUAAAAAAAGCAGGAUAAGAUGAUGAAGUCAACGCCAGAACCAAAGAACUUUGGUAGCGUAGGAGGAGAUGGACAGCCGCCGAACACACAGGACAUGCAGCGGGACGGUCAACCGCCGUCACAGGAAAUGGGCUUCUGCUUUCGUAUGUUCGUUAAAGGGGUCGGUGCUUUCUCAGCCCUAGUUUUGAUGGCUCUUGGUUUACUUAAUUGUAUUACAAUUAGUGGACCAUGUAUCUUAUCAGGAGUCCUUAUGAUAUUCUUUGGGUUGCUAGUAUUAAUGCUGGAAGUACCAAUUUGUUGCUCAUUUUUAGAAAUCACAGAGCCAGUCAACAAAUGGAUUGAAAGUAGACCCCCAUGGCUAAAGGCUAUCUCAUAUUUCAUACUUGCAAUCAUUCCCGUCCUAUUUUGCCAUGGAGUUAUCGUCUUCCUGGGAGUUUUACCAGUGUUUUGUACAGGUGUUUUGUAUGGAUUAAUAUUUGUUGGUAAAAAAGGAGAUGCUGUCCAGUCAGCACAUGUGAAUCGAAAAAUGGAGAUGAGCAAGUUAGUUGCGAACGAGCAGCCGAUGGCUACCAAAGAUAUUCCUUGAGAUUAAUAACUAAUUUGCAUGCUACUUUGCAUGUCUGUCAGUUUUUGUAGGUUACAUUCCACAGGACCAUUCCACAGUUUGAAAUCAUUCUCACACCAUGACUGCCUGCCAUCCACAUGUAUACUCAUGUUACACAUGUUGUGUAUUGUAAAGAAAUAUAUUUGCAUCCCAGCCAGCACAUCAACCACUUGUCUGGUAGUGCAGGGAAGAUCUAUAAUCUAAAGUGCUGUUCACACCAAUUUACAUGUGGCAAAUACCUGUGAAUUGCCCAUAUAUGGCUGUGAUAUGACAUUAUCAUGCCCAUGUAUGUGUAAAUAACUGAUAUUUGUCACAUGAAACUUGACAGAGCUAAAAUUGGGUUUUAUUUUGUGAUAUUUCUUCAUAAUAUUUUCCAGCACAAUAUGUUGUACUAGAUGACUCUUACCUAGAUAUUGGCUAAGGGCAAAAAAAUUCCAUCAUUCCCCAUAAAAAUCAAUAUGUUAUUUUACACAAAGCCUUUACAAAUAUGCACCAUAAUAUCCUAAAGUGUGUUUUUUUACAUUGAUGCCAUGUGUAUUAAACAAGGCACAUGCUGCAUCGGCUGAUUCCAUAGAGAGUACAAUACGAUGAGGUGUGCGCGACUGAUGGUUUUCCAUGACGCUUAGACUGUUAACACAAACAUCAGCAGAGGGUGUUGCGUCAUCAAGCACUCCCCCAGAGUAGAUAUACGGUGGAUCCAUAUAACCCAAUGCAGUGUGUGUCCAGCUUUUAAUCAACAAUACCGCCAUUGUCUACAUAAGGUGCUACCUGUACAGUACUUGUAUUAUUUGCCUUGUGGUAGAUUAUUUUUAUCACUGACAUGCUAUUGUAAUGGCUAUCGGAUGUCCAUGCUACUACUGUUUAUCUUCUUCCAAUUUGUCUAUUACAGUAAAAGCUAUCGUCCUUCACAUUACAUUAUAUUAAAACACUUCAGUAUUAUUCAAAUACUGGUACAGGUAUAUAAAUAUAAAAAGUUACAUAAAAAUGUACAUAAAAUUGUAAAAAAAUAUGUAUAAUUAAAAUGUAUUUAAAAUAGAAUUCCAUACAAUUUAUUAAGCAUAUGAAAUUUAAUUUGUUUCAGAGGAACCACCUAUAUAGGGAUACUUAAAGAUGUUACAUGCUCUUUGAGAGAACAGUAACUUUUGCUUUUGUUGAAAAUAAACCAAGGGGUGGAAAAUAUAUUAUCCACAUUGGGUUUGAAUCUAGGACCAACUCCCAUUUUUUUGAUACACUAUCUGAGCCAAGUCUGUAUAUCUCAUUAGAUUUUGUUUUUUUUUGGUUACCACAUAAGGUAUUACAAAAUACACAAGUUCACCAUAUAUAACAAAGUUGGUUGUAUACAACUAAGCUUAUCCUCAUUGUGGAUACAGCUACCAAAUGGUGUUGCAGGUUCAUAUUUUGAAAAUACAAUUUAACACAAAAUUUUAAAACUGAAAUUUCUAUAGAAAGCAGAAUGCCCUCCAAUUCUGCUUCUUAUUUUAACCAAUAUUAAUGUAAAGAAUAUAUUUUAAACAAUAAAUCAGUAGUAUACCUAUUUAAAAAUAUGUAUUGCAAUCUAUGAAAAAGUAAAUGAAAAUAUAUAUAUUGUUGAAUUAACAUUUGUAUAUAAAUAGUAAUAA